AGAUGAAUAUCUGUUAACCUGUAAAUGGCAGUACAAUUUAUUAUAAGUAUAUAUUAUAUUAUUGAUUGUUAGUUAAUUAAACUUAUCUUCUCAGAGAAGUUAGUUUUGAUGUAGAGUUUUAGUGAGUAAAUCAAAGGACACUAGAAUGAACCAGCACAGCACUUAUCACAGAAAGGCCAGAACUAUACCUAUGGAUGUAGAUGUGGAGGUGGAGAGAGAAAUCCGUAAGCUUUUAGAGACAGAAGUCAUCAGACCAAAGCUUACUCCUAUUCCUGACAUUUCUGACAUUCUCUCUAGAGAUGUUUCCAAACACCCCUUGAUGAGGUUCAGAGUAAACAUGCUGAAGAAACACCAAGUGAAUGUGUAUUUAAAGGAAAGAGCACUAACAGCCAAGAUUGAUGAAUUUGUGAAACGAAUGAAAAAAGGUGGUUGGGACCAAAAAGAAUUCAAAAAAACGUUAGGGAUUCAAAUGGUACAGGAAGCAAUGAAGGAGUAUGGAGGAGAGGCGGUUGUUCACUAUAUUCUGCCCAGUUGGUUGAAAAAUAUUAAGCAAGGUUUACCUAAAAAACUGUUUAUAAAAUACAAAGAUUUGGCAGAGAAAAUCCUAGAAGAAGUAAAAAAAGAUUAUUCAAAAACAAUGUAUGACUUAGGUCUAUACAAAAUGAUAAAGCAAUAUCCUGAUGAAGUCCGCCGACAGAUUAUAAGUCCUAUUAAGCCAGAUACAGGUGGGAAAACUGCAAACUACCCUCGAUACUGUGCUAAAAGGAAAAUGGUACAGAAGCAUUUAUUCAUUACACACCCAUUAGUUAGAAAUAUUCAAAAGAAAAGUUAUUACGCCUUUCCUGAAUAUUUUGUUGACUUUAGUACGUACAGGGACAAAGAUGUAUUUGAGCUGGAUCAGCUGAUGAGUCUCAUUAAUGCAGAUUUAAAGAAAUCUGAGGAUUACUUGUCGAAGACUUGGUAUCUGAAACUCAUGAUAAAUUUCAAUAGGCGUAUAUUAGAUGGAGUCCCAAAAAAACUGCAGCAACACCUGAUACGAUGUGCAUCUAAUGUUAUAGCCAUACAGGUACAGCAGUGUGUACGUCGAACAGUGAAUCAUCUACUGAAUGUGUUACAUGACCCUGCUCUGUUUCCUCAACUCAUCAUUACUGCAAUGAUCUGCAACCACAGAGUUGCAAUAGACCCCUCUUUUGAAGAUGUAUUCAAUAAUUUCUGCAAUGUCAUUAAUAAUAUCACAAGGACUUGUCAGGAACUACCAUCCAUGGAAACUUGCUUUGGUUUGCCUGGACUGAAUAAAUUCAUCCCAGUGAAGCGGAGUGACUCAUUCACAUCCUCUUCUUUAGAAAAUUUGAGAGAGAUCCUUGAGGAAAUGUUUCAGCCUGUAAAUGCACACGUUGAUGUAUUAGGGUCGGCACACCACUAA